AUGAGCUCCGCGUGUGUGAUAGAAUAUGCAGUCGUCUACCUGAAAGUCAAGCACAUUGUGUUGUGUGGUCACACAUCGUGCGGUGGCAUAGCUGCCGCUCUCGCAAAUAAGAGACUGGGUCUACUGGAUAGCUGGCUCAUGCCUCUCCGCCACCUGCGAGAACAGAACCUGUAUCUGCUCAAUGAUUUGAAUACCAGUGAAGCGGCGGAGAAACUGGCAGAAAUCAAUGUGCGCCAGGGACUGCGUACGCUGAAAGAAAAUAGUGUGGUCCUAGAUGCAAUUCAGGAGAGAGGGUUGAAGCUGCAUGGAGUACUGUAUGACGUUGGCAGCGGGAUUCUGAGAGAGCUUGAUGUCGCAGAGUCGGUGGAUGUUGUUCAUAGCCGUAUUAUUGCUUUUAAAACUCUGAGGGCGGAGAUGGUGCAUUGA